CGGCAAGCCCCGCGCGACGCGUGCGUACUCCGUGACCUUCCUGAGUCGUCGUCCCUGGAAGCCGGUGGUGCGAGGGAGUCCGCGGCGAGAUGCUCCAGAGCCUGGUUAGGAACGUCUGGACCCCCAUGAAGCCCUACUACACCCAGGCCUACCAGGAGAUCUGGGCGGGGGUGGGGCUCAUGGGCUUCAUCGUGUACAAGAUCAGGAGUGCUGAUAAAAGAAGUAAAGCUUCCAAAGGUCCUGCUCCUGCUCACGGCCACCACUAGCCAGCUCAGCUGGCCGUGCCCGGGGAAGACAGGCCGCCCGCCUGGGACCAUACUGUGUUGGGGGCAGCGUGGGGGGUCACCAUCGUCUGCCCCAGUGCUGGGUACUCUGUGGCAUGAAUAAAGCCAUCUGUGACUG